AUGGAUCCAUAUACUUGCCAAAUUAUCCAGUCUAGUUCAAUACAAAACCCAUUUCUCAAAGCAAUCACAAUUGGAACAAUUUGUGUAUGUGUUCAUCUCUCUCAACAUUCGAUUCUUAUUCUCCUUCAUUGUCGCUAUCACAAUUUCGUCUAGGUGAGGGCCUAUUAUCUCUCUAAGCGAAAUGAAGAAAGCUAACCAUAAUAUCUAUCAGUGCACAGUGUAGCUUUGCCCCAGGUCGAAUGACCACAAAGGAGAUUUGCACAAGUGUUGACUCUGUGUUCGCGGAGGCUUUGGUCUUGGAUAGAGACGCAACUGCGGCAGCAUGUCAAAAAUACCGAACUGGCAAAUGUUCUGAUUGUACCUUGAAGCCUAUAAAUAUUAGUACACAUUGUGCAAGCGACAAACAGCUUAUCGAUAGAACAGAGGUAUGUGCUCCAGUCAUUGUUUACUCUGAUGGAUAG